GAAUUAGCGGCAAAUAAGGCAGCAAAUAACGCCAUAUUUAGAGAUAUUCUAAUGCUCGAGAACCAAAUUCCAUUGUUCGUGUUGAGGGAAUUGUUAGAAUUUCAGUUCCCAUCAUUAGAGUUGGCAGAUCAAUGGUUACUUUCCAUGUUACUUGGACUCAGCAAAGAUCUCUCUCCAUUCAAGAUGGUGGAAGAAUUCCCCAAAAUACAGCUCAUAGAUUGUGCUCAUUUACUUGAUUUUGCAUACCGUGUUAUCGUGCCAAAGUUGGAGGAACAAUCUCAUGAUCAUCAUAUAACUGAAAUUGAGGAAGAUGGUGAAUCAAAGGAAGGUGAGAAGGUUUGUUUCGCAGGAGAACCGAGUUACGUUAGGCGGCUAGUUAUUGAGGUAUGGAAUAUCCUUUCUAAAUUAGAAAAAGGACCAGUUCAACGGAUCAAAAGCGUAAUCUUUUCAAAACCUUUAAAAGUGGUUGUGAAGUUGCCUUGGACCAUUAUAUCUAAGGUUCCCGUCUUAAAAAUGUUAAAACAACCAUUGGAACAAGGAUUCAGUGAAGGAAGGGAGAAGAAAGAAGAUGGAGAUUCGGACUCAAACGGUAAUGUAGAAAAACCUCCAUUGAUAGAAGAAAUUAAAAUCCCUUCUGUAAUUGAUCUCUUUGAAGUCGGCGUGUCCUUUAUGCCAACUAAUGAAGGCAUUCAAAGCAUUAAUUUCAACGUAAAAACUGCCACAUUAUAUCUCCCUAUCAUUAGUGUAGAUGUGAAUUCAGAGAUUGUUCUAAGAAACAUGGUUGCCUAUGAAGCGUGCCGAGUAUCAGGGCUGAUGGUUCUGACUCGUUACACAGAAUUAAUGAAUAGGAUCAUUGACACGGAAAAAGAUGUGACUUUUCUUCGCGAAAGAGGGAUUAUUCUAAGCAGUUUGAAAAGCGAUAAUGAGGUGGCGGAGCUCUGGAAUGGAAUGAGUAAGUCUAUUAGAUUGACAAAGGUGUCUUUCAUAGACAAAGUGAUUGUGGAUGUGAACAAGUAUUACAAUGGAAGGUGGAAGGUUAAAUGUGGAAAAUUCAUGAAGAAAUAUAUAUUUGGUUCGUGGCAGAUUCUCACAUUUCUUGCUGCUAUUAUGCUGUUGUUGCUCAUGUGUUUACAGGCAUUUUGUGAGGUCUAUAGCUGCAGACGCCUUUUUCCUAUCAAAGCCCUUGAACCCGAGGUUUGAAGUUUGGAGAACACUGGGACCAUCCAAUUAAAUACUCCGGACCGCAAUGAAUAAGGAUGAAAAAAUUUCAAAGAAGGGUGUAUUUGUUGGAACAAGUGUUUAAAAUUAUAAAGGUCAUAUUGUAAUGUUUAAUAUUUUGUUUUGUGGUUGAAUAGAUAUUGAUGAUCUAUUUGUAUAUUUUAAAUAAUUAUUAUAUUUAUGUUGUUAUUGUAUUUAUGUAAUUUGAGUAUGUAAUUAAGUGUACUCGAUCUCUUUGUGAUAUUAUGAAUUGGGUGCA